CUGGUGUGGCCCCCUUUCGUUUCCUGAGUCGGUGAACCUGACAGCCGCUGUCGUCCAGGACCAAAACCAGUUGAGGGUUGCAGACAUGUCGGCAGCUGCUCCGGGGACCAGCAAAGCGGCUCACGGUGAUGUGGCUCCGAAGAAAAAGAAGGGCCCCGGCGCCCUGGCUACGGCCUAUCUGGUCAUUUACAACGUUGUUAUGACAGCGGGGUGGCUGGUGAUCGCUGUGGGUCUGGUCAGAGCUUACCUGGCCAGAGGAAGCUACCAUGGCCUAUACUAUUCCAUAGAGAAGCCUCUCAAGUUCUUUCAGACCGGAGCCAUCCUAGAGAUAUUGCACUGUGCUGUAGGAAUCGUGCCGUCCUCUGUGGUCCUGACUGGAUUUCAGGUCAUGUCCCGUGUCUUCCUCACCUGGGCCGUCACACACAGUGUCAGAGAGGUGCAGAGCGAGGAUAGCGUGCUGCUGUUUGUCACAGCCUGGACUGUCACCGAGAUCAUCCGCUACUCAUUCUACACCUUCAGCCUGCUCAAUCACUUGCCAUAUCUCAUCAAAUGGGCCAGGUACACCUUUUUCAUCGUGCUCUACCCAAUGGGAGUCACCGGAGAACUGCUGACUAUCUAUGCAGCGCUGCCGUACGUGCAGAAGACGGGCCUGUACUCUGUCACCCUGCCCAACAAGUACAACUUCUCCUUUGACUACUACACCUUCCUCAUCCUCAUCAUGUUCUCCUAUAUUCCCCUGUUCCCCCAGCUCUACUUCCACAUGAUCCGUCAGAGGAAGAAGGUUCUAGGCCACGCAGAGGACUACAGCAAAGUGGAGUGAGCUGGUCAAACAUUCAGACGCAGAGCAACCAGCCAAAAGAAGAGAGAGCAUUUCCAACUCAACAACAACAACGUCUGCUUAGCGUAAACACAAAAGCCCGACCAGUUCUCAAACUGCCAGAACUGCACCGGCAAAUUGAUCCCAGUUAACUUCCUUUUCCAGCUGUUGUCUGGGUGAUUAUAGAUGCUCACAAAACCUCCACAAACUGUCUUUUUUUGUUGUUGUUAUUGUUUUAUUUAUGAACAAUCUGCAGUUUCUUUGGCCGCAACUGUAAAAAAACAAAAAACAAAAAAAACAAACAGAAUAAACAAAAAAAACCUUGUAUUUUGGUUUAUGGAGCUGCAGUGUGAGUGGUGAGCAGAACUCCGACACAGCAGUGCAUUGACUGGAAAGAUGCACUGAUACAAUCAACAACCUCCUUUUACUAAACAACACCAAGUAGAACAUCCCCAGUAGAUUCCUCACCAUGCUGAUCCGCAGUUAUAGGCCUCUAGUUAGAAACAUUCUCUUUCCUUUUACUGCAGUGUAGAAAGAAUAACGUGAAGAUGGCUAUAGAAUUGAAACUAGGUUGUGUUCAUUGGUGCAAACUGUGGUCCAGAUUUUUGAAGUGUCUUUUUGUGUUCUUUCAUCCAUUACACUCAGAGGUUGAUAACAUUCCUUACUUAGUUCAAUAAACCUUUUUUCAUUCUGUA